GUCUCGGUGGUCUCAAGGUCCUGCUGCUCUGGGCUGCGAUCAUCGUUAUGGCCAAAUCCCCUCCACCUCCACAGUGUUCUUACACCGUCACACCCAUCAAGUUCGGCUUCCGGAUUGACAUGAUAAUGAACUCUACCACUGGCGACUACACCAUAACCCUUAAUGAAGAGGACCAACAAAGCAAAUCCAUCUACAUCUUCAGUCAAAGCCAUGUAAUCGAACACCUGAAGCCCUGUACUGAAUAUGAGCAUUCUGUGGCAUUCAUUGAUGGCGCUGGCAAAGCAUUACCCUGUAACCUUGAAAAUAAAACCAUGACAUCUGGAAUGAGUGAAGAUGACAUUAAAGAUGUCAGCUGCAUGCCUGGAUAUGUUUGUUACCAGAGUGAAUGGGACAUCAGCUCUUCACUAUCAGCAUCAAAUAAUGUUCCAGCUAAGCCGUGUAAAACUGAUAAUAAAACGUUCUGUAUCAAACCUGGUUUCGAUGACAUUUGCACCAAUUUAACUACAACCUUCCGUUCCGACUGUACGGCUUCCUUUGACGUCACCAAAAGCAUCACUGUUGGAGAGUUCUUAAAUGUGAGUGAAAUAACUCAGAAAGCUCCAACUGAACUUCCUGCAAAAAUAGACACAAAAUUACCUCCAAACUGCAAAGAUCUCACCAUCGACUACACCUGUCAGGAGUACGAUAAACCCAGUAACCCCAAGAAACUGUCUGAGCUGGAGCCCUUCACAGACUACAGCUGUACUGGUCAGAUCAAGGAAAACAACGUCACCAAAAAAAACACAACUGCUGUCAAGUUCAGGAUCGACUGUGAUAUUAAAAUAAACCCAGUACAAAGUGCCACCGAUACCUCCAUCGAGUUGAGUUGGAUAACGGACAGUCAGAAGUGUCCAGGUCUUCAUGAUCUUGAGAAGUUUUCUUAUGACUGCAGUUGUGACCCUCGUUCCUCCCAUCAGAGACCCAUUGUUCCAGCUAACAAAGAGCGAUCAGGAGGAAGAUGUCAUAUUGCUGGACUGAAACCGUUCACCUACUACACCUGUAAAGUCCAGCCCAAAUAUGACAACAGCGACAUUCCUCAAACAGCUACAGUUAAUCAGAAAACUAAGGUUGGAAUACCAGAUGAUAUACAUGGCCUGACAGUGACUGUUUUAGACCACAAUGUGAUUAGAGUAACAUGUGAUUAUAAAGGUAGUUUUAAUGGACCUGUGGUGACUCAAAGAUUCAUUGCACGUCUUCACAAUGCUGGUGUCACCAAGGAGCUUAGAAACACAACAUGCGACUUUAGCUUCAAAGAUCUGAGCUAUUUAACGGAAUACAAUGUGGAGGUGACUGCUUACAACGGAGAACAUGAGAGCAAACCCAAGAAAAAAGACGGCGUGACCACUUCCUACAAUGACAAAGCUCUCAUUGGUUGUCUGGUCAAUUUCAUCAUCAUCAUCUUAUCUGUGGCCUUGGGUGUGGCGGUCUACAAGAUCUACGUUCUGAGGCGCAGGAAGUCCAGAAAUGACGUGAUGAUGCUUGAACAAGAAGCCAUUUAUGCCAAUGUACCUCGAUCUGAAGACCAUCAUUAAGACACACGCUGAUGAUGAAGAAAGACCUGAUGGAGCUGCCAACCAAAUCAUCAUUA